CCCGCCAUGCGCCGCCGCCGCCGCUCCAGCCUCUUCCCGCCGCUCAUCCCGGAAUUCCCGGCUUUUCCCGCCUCCGUCCCGGCUUCGCCAUGAGCUCCCCGCUGCCGUUCCCGCCGGGAUCAUGAAUUCCCAGCGCUCCGACAUUCCCAGCGUUCCCAAGAUGGGCGUCCGGGCCCGCGUGGCCGAGUGGCCUCCGCGCUCCAAAGAUUCCAGGGAUUCUCCCGGCCCUUCCCGGAGCUUCCCGGGCGGCCAAUCCGCCCUCAAAGCCUUUCCCCGCCCGCCCCGGCGCCCCGCCCCGCAUUCCAAGGAGGUGGAAUUCCAGGAGGGGUUCCCGGGAAUGCCGCUGAGGCAGCGGAGCAGCAGCGAGGUGACGCUGAGCGAGUGCGAUCCCGAGGAAGCCCCGGAAAUGCGCGGGAAUUCCGCCGGCGCCGCCGGACUCUUCCGGGAAUACGGCAGCACCUCUUCCAUCGACAUCCAGGGAAUUCCCGAGCAAAGCUUCUUCGAGAUGCUCAACGAGUUCCGGACUAAGAAACCGGAGUUUUCCGGGAUCAAAGCGGAAAACCGGGAAGAGCCCCCCCAGUCCAAGGAGAAACCGCGCCGGCGCUGCCUGAAAAACGACGACUCCAUCUUCAAAAAACUCCGCAAUCCCCGGCACGACCCCGAUCCCAAAGAUCCCGACGAUUCCCGCCUUCCCGAGCCGGGAAAGUCUUGGAUUUGCCGGAAAAGUUUCGCUCAUUUCGACGUCCAGAGCAUUUUCUUCGAGGCCGUUUCGCCGGGAAUCGCCGGGACCCAGCGGCGGAACACGACCACCGGCGCUUCCGCCGCCUCCGCCGGCUCCGAUCCCGCCUUUUCCAGCACCGAGGACCUGAAUUCCAAGGAAAACUUGGAGCAGGAUCUGGGGGACAACACCAGCAACGAGCUGCUCCUGAGCUGCCCCCACUUCCGCAACGAGAUCGGCGGCGGCGCCGGAGAGCGCGACGUCAGCUUCUCCAAAUCCGCCUCCCCGCCCUUCCCGGCUGCUCCCGGCGUUUUCACGGAAUGCGGCCACGUCGGGAAGCCGACCAACGCCGGGAUCUCCGUCCUGGAGUUCCCCAAGGAGCAGCAGAGGAAUCCGGAAAGGCUCCGGAAUUACAGCGUGGAGCACGUGGAUUUGGGAGCGCGCUACUACCGGGAUUAUUUCCACGGGAAAGAACAUUCCAACUAUUUUGGCGUGGACGAGAAGCUGGGCCCGGUGGCCGUCAGCAUCCGCCGGGAAAAGCUGGAAGAGCCUUCGGAUCACGGCCCCCAGUUCCAGCACCGCCUCAUCUUCCGCACCAGCCAGCUGCCCACGCUCCGAGGCUCCAUCCUGGAGGACGCCACCCCCAGCGCGUCCAAGGCCGGCUCCAUCCGGGGGAUCCCGCUCCGGGACGUGCUGGAAUUCGUCAUUCCCGAGCUCAACAUCCACUGCCUGCGGAUGGCGCUGGCCACGCCCAAGGUCCCCGAGCAGCUGCUCAAGCUGGACGAGCAGGGGCUGUGCCGGCGGCACAAGGUGGGAAUUCUGUACUGCCGGGCGGGGCAGAGCUCGGAGGAGGAGAUGUACAACAACGAAUCCGCCGGGCCCGCGCUCGACGAGUUCCUGACGCUCCUGGGAGAGAAAGUUUCCCUCAAAUCCUUCCCCAAGUACGCGGCGCAGCUCGACACCAAGACCGACUCGACGGGCACGCACUCGCUCUACACCACGUACCAGGACUACGAGAUCAUGUUCCACGUGUCCACCAUGCUGCCCUACACCCCCAACAACCGCCAGCAGCUGCUCCGGAAGCGCCACAUCGGCAACGACAUCGUCACCAUCAUCUUCCAGGAGCCGGGCGCGCUGCCCUUCACGCCCCAGAACAUCCGCUCGCACUUCCAGCACGUCUUCAUCAUCGUCCGCGCCCACCAGCCCUGCUCCGACAGCGUCUCCUACAGCGUGGCCGUCACCCGCUCCAAGGACGUCCCUCCCUUCGGGCCCCCGCUGCCCCCGGCCGGCGUCACCUUCCGCCGCUCCGAGCUCUUCCGCGCCUUCCUGCUGGCCAAGGCCAUCAACGCCGAGAACGCCGCGCACAAAUCGCACAAGUUCCGCACCAUGGCCACGCGCACGCGCCACGAGUACCUGCGGGACCUGGCCGAGAACUACGCCGGCGGCUCCCCGCUGGACACGGCCGGCAAGUUCAACCUCAUCUCCUUGGCUUCCAAGAAGAAGGAGAAGUGCAAGGCGCGGCCGUCGGCGGAGCUGGACAGCGCCGGCGCCGUCUCCUGGCGCGUCUCCGCCUCGGAUUUCGGGCGGGGCGGGGCGGAGAUCCCGUGCGUUCUGGGGAUCUCCAAGGAAUUCGUGGUCCUGGCGGAUCUGGCGGCCAAGGAAGUGGUGUUUAACUGUUUCACCGGGGACGUGAUCGGCUGGAGCGCGGAGGGGGCGGCGCUCAGGAUCUACCACGGCCGCGGCGACCUGGUCAGCGUCCGGGCGGGCGCCGACGGAGCCGAGGGAUCGGGGGCGGAGGAGGUGAAGGAAAUCGUGCAGAGGCUCAAGGCCACCACUCCGGGCUGCGCCACGGUGGACAUGACGCUGCGGCGCAACGGGCUGGGCCAGCUGGGCUUCCACGUGCACCCCGACGGCUCCGUGGCCGAGGUGGAGGAGUACGGCUUCGCCUGGCAGGCCGGGCUGCGCCGCGGCAGCCGCCUGCUGGAGGUGUGCAAGGUGGCGGCCGUGGCGCUGAGCCACGAGCAGAUGAUCGACCUCCUGCGCACCUCGGUCACCGUCACCGUGGUCAUCGCGCCGCCGCACGACGACGGCACGCCCCGGAGGGCUUGGUCGGAGGCGCUGCCGGGGCCGGUGGAGCCCAAGGCGGAUCCGGAGCCGUUCCCGGAGCCGUUCCCGGAUCCUUUCCCGGAGCCGUUCCCGGAGCCGUUCCCGGAGCCGUUCCCGGAUCCUUUCCCGGAGCCGUUCCCGGGAGCUUUCCGGGCCCCGUUCCGGAGCGGGCCGGGCUGGCACCGCGGCGGCGCCAAACGGGCGCCGGCCCCGCCCGGAGCCGCGCACCGCGAACCUCAGCCCGGCCACGGCAAGAGGCCCCUGAGUUUCCCGGAGUCGCCUCAUUCCAGCGGCUCCUCCGCCUUCCGCCAACCUUCCGGAAGCUUCUCCGCGCCGGGAAGCGCCAAAGGGCCCCCGGAAAGGCCGCAGAGGGGGGCGGCGUUCCCGGCGGAGCCGCAUCCUGGGAAUCCUGGGAAUCCUGGGAAUUCCGGGAAUUCCGGGCACGCCGAGGCCGCCGGGAUGGGACACGAGGGCGGCGCCGAGAGGCUCAAGGCAGAGCCCCUCUGGCACAUCCCGGCUCCGGCGCGGAUUCCCGGGAAGCGCCCGGCGCGUCCCGAGCCCGGCGGGAAGGAUUCCCCCAACCGCCUGGCCAAGCAGGAGCCGCCCCAUCCCAGCCCCUCGUCCCUGUCCAGCUCUGCCUCCAGCGAGGCCGAGCCCGACUCCGGCGAUUCCCAGAAUUCCCGGAAAGGCUCCCGAGGGCCCUGGAAUUCCCAGAAAAGCUCCAAGGAUUCGGCUCCCGGCAAAUCCGGGAAUUCUGCCCUUCCCGAGGCUUUCCAAGCGACCAGGCCUCUCGGCGCUUCCCAGAUUUCGGCUCCGGGUCCCAAAUCCGGAUUUUCCCAGAGGCCGGGAAGAGCCAAAGGCGCCGCCCCCGGCUGGAGGCGCCCGGACGAGCCCCCAGAGCACAAAAGCCAGGUGAACGUGUUCGGGCAGCCGCGGCUCCGGGCGUCCCUGCGCGAUCUCCGCUCCCCCCGGCGCCUCCCCAAAUCCUCCAUCGAGGACGACCUCAAGCGCCUGAUCCUGAUGGACAAUUCCUGCCCCGAGCCCGAGCCCGCCCCGGCGCUGCCCAGGACGCUGUCGGACGAGAGCCUCUGCGGGGGGCGCGGCCCCUCCCCCACCCCGCGGCGGGAGAUUCCCAAGGAUUUCCCGGGAAGCGCCGGGAGCGGCACCCGGACCCUGCCCGGCCGCAGCGGCCACCACGGGACCGGGAAAACGGGGGCCGUGGGGCGGCUGGAGCCGGGGCUGAUCCCGCUGCCCGACACGGCCGGGCUGGAGUGGGCGACGCUGGUGAGCGCGGCCAAGGCCUACGAAGUGCAGCGCGCCGUGUCCCUGUUCUCGCUCACCGACCCCGCCCUGAGCCCGGAGCCGCCCCCCGCCCCUCCCCCACCGCGGGGGGCGCCCCUCCCCCCCCUCAGCCCCUCCCCCGCCCCCCUGGAUCUCCCGGGAAAAGUUUCCCAGUUGGAAGCGAUGCUGAAGCAGCUGCACAGCGACCUGGAGAAGGAGAAGCAGGACAAGGUUUUCCUGCAGGCCGAGGUCGCCAACCUGCGGCAGAACAACCGGCGGCUGCAGCAGGAGUCGAGCUCGGCCGCGCGGCAGCUCCGGCGCUUCGCCAGGAUCUUCUCGGGGGCCCCGGAGCACCCGGAGCCCUGACGGGAUCCUGAGGGAUCCGCCGGGAUCCGCCGGGACAGAGAAAUCCCCCUGGAUCUGCGACGUCCCCAUCGGGAUCUGCGGCUCCGGCGCUUCGCCAGGAUCUUCUCGGGAGCCCCGGAACCCGGACGGGAUCCGCCGGGAUCCACCGGGAUCCGCCGGGAUCCGCCGGGACGGGGAAACCCCCCUGGAAUUGUGAUGGAUCCCACUGGGAUCGGCGGCUCCGGCGCCUCAGCAGAGCCCUGGGAGGAUCCGGAGGGGCCUGGGAUCCAUCGGGAUCCGUUUGGGAUCAAUCGGGAUCGCUUCGGGAUCCA